AGGCUCUGCCCGCGGCCGCCGGCUCCUGCGCUUCCCCGCGCGGCCAUGGCCCCCAAGAAGAAGGGAGGGGGCAAGAAGGAGGAGGAGGCCAGGCAGGAGGGGAAGGCGGAGCCCGCCGUGGCCAAGCACAGCCGGGAGUUCUACCUGCUCCAGAUCCUGGACCUGGAGGAGCGGCUGGCCCGGUACCAGCGAAAAUGGGACGAGCUGCAGGUGAACGAGACCCUCUUCAGGAUGGAGUACGAGCAGAUGGCCCUUGACAACAAGGAGAUCAUGGCCUUUCUCAAGAAGACCCUGAACCAGCGGGUGGAUGAAAUCGCUGAACUCAAUGACCAGAUGCUCAGCCUGCAGCAGGCCAAGGAAGCAGAGAAGGACGCCUUCGAGGCCCAGCUGGCCCAGGUUCGCCAUGAGUUUCAGGAGACCAAGGACCAGCUCACUUCGGAGAACAUGCUGCUAAGUGGGAAGCUGGCUGCGCUGGAGGAGUUCAGGAUCCAAAAGGAUGAGAUCAUGGGCAAGUUUGCAGCCCUAGAGGAGCAGCUGAAGAAACAAAAGGACGAUCACAAGGAGUAUAUCUACAACCUGGAGAAGAAAGCUGUGCUGGACAAAGACAGGCUGAAGAAGGAGAUGAUGCAGCGCGUUCACGUGGUGGCAGCCGAGUUCCGCAAGGUCUCCAACAGCCAGAUGGCAGAGACCACCAAGCGCACCAUCCGUGAGAACGUUGCCAUCAACCUCCAGCUGGCCAAGAUGUCCGAUCGCAGCUACGACCUCAUCCAGGAGAACGACAAGCUGAAGGAGGCCCAGACUGAGAUGCAGAAGCAGCUGGAGAUGCUGGAGCACAAUGAGAAUCAGAUAGCCAAGAACAGUCUUAGCAACCAGAAGAUGAUUUGGAUGCUCACCAAUAAAUGCAAGGAGCAGCAGGUGCUGGUGGAUGAAUGCGAGGAGCAGAAGGAGGCCAUGCUCCAGCUGAAGGUGGCCCAUGAGCUGGUGCAGAAGGAGAACCAGGUGCUACGACAAGAGCUGGAGGAGCUGAAGGACGAGGUGAGGAAGAGGAAGGAGGAAGGGCAGAGUCAGGCCAAGCUCCUGGAGGAAGAGCAGAAGCUCAGGAGGAAUGCAGAGAGGACCCUGAACCAGGCUGUCCAAGCCCUGAAGGACCUGCUGCAGGAGAGGCCGUCUGACGAGGAGGAUGGUGAAUUUGACAUGAUGUUCCAGCUGCGCCACCAGGAGAUGCUGCAGAGUCUGCUGGCCCUGCUGAGGCGGGCGACCAAGGCUGGGCCCAUGCUUCACGAGCAGGUGUUCAGGCCACAGAAAAUGGCCAGCAGGGAGAAUGGACUGAGGUCCACAGCAGGGAGCCUCUGGUGACUUCCUGGUCAGAGGACAAACAGGUGAAGCAGCAGCUCAUUCUGCCCCUGCCGGAGAUAGUGGCCAGACACUCCUUACAGGGCCUGCUGAGCAAAGAGGGAGAGGGGAGCACCCGU